GCUGUUUUGAGGUGGCUAUAAUACUAUGCGUUCGCUUCUGUUCGUCGUCGGGAAACUGCUGCUGCUGCUACUAUCGUGUCGCAUUUAAUUACUGAAGCAUUUAGUAGAGUGAUCGCGUCGUCAAUGCUAUGUUUUAUUCGUCGUCAAUAUGGUGCACUAAUAAAAUGGUGAAGUAAAGUGGCAUACUUUCGAGUUUCCAGUUUCCAGUUCGAAGUGGAAAGUGCAGUGCCCCAGAAAGUCAGCAAAGAAGCAGCGACGAAUAGUGUUGUGUGAUACUGUGUCUGUGCGAGUAACGAAAAGGAGAGAGAGUUAGAGUUGUCAAUGCACAAAUAACAGUAAUUUUCUCGCACUCUUUCGCGCACUGCUCGCGACAACAGCGGUACGAGUGAGAAAGAUUCUUCUGUACGGUGCGGUGCAAGGGUUAAUCGGAACGAAUUGCCGAAUAGGGAAGACUGGCUGUCAACGGAGCUGGGCCAUACUACUUGGUUGGUGUACGAGAAUCGGUCCGCUCCGCUGCUAGUGUUGGUGUGUUAUCCAAGCGAGAUCUUCUGAUGUAAAGCAGUCAAAGAAGCAGCAGUGGAUGCAGUGAGAAACGAUUGCGUGCGGUUGAAGAACGUCAAAACGAGCAAAACGAGAGGAGAUCAUGGAGUGAAGUGUCAAGUGAAGAAUAUACAUCCAGCCAGAAUACGGCGGGCGACCGAUUUCGCUUAGCUAGCUUGUUUUGGUGUUUGUGUAUGGUUUUCUCUGUGUAUAGUGCAAGUGAGUAGAAGAAGUCGCGUAUUUUGUUCGUUUUCUUGCUGUGAAAUGUUUAUUUCCAUUAUGAAAUUUGUCGCGAAAAUGCUCGAGAAAUAAUGAAGUGGCAGUCGAAAAUCGCUGACUGUAAUGAAAGAAGUGCCAGUGAAGAAUCCCUAGAAAAGAGCCGAUAUCUUUGGUUUUGCCUGACCGUCCAGUAGGAUGGGAAAGGAAGUGUAUAUGUAGAGUGUUGUUUUAUUUUCGGGGAGUUUAUUCAGUGCGGCCAGAGCCCUCGAACAUCGGCAGGGUCGUAUAUGUGUAUUGUUGAAAGUUUUGAUAAAUGUCAAGAUGGCGGCUACUAACAGAGCUCGUCCGCAGCCGAGAACUAAUAUCUCGUUCUUCUCGAAGAUCCAGGGCAAAAUCUCGGAUGCUUGUGCACAGCAAAAGUUCCUAACGGACAAAAAGACCCUGGAAAAAACCUGGAAACUGAUGGACAAAGUCGUCAAACUAUGCCAGCAGUCGAAAAUGAAUCUGAAAAAUUCUCCCCCUUUCAUACUGGACAUCCUGCCGGAUACGUACCAGCGGUUGCAUCUGAUCUACUCCAAGUACGAAGACCAGAUGCAUCUACUGCACGGCAACGAGCACUUCAAUAUCUUCAUCAACAAUUUGAUGCGAAAGUGCAAACAGGCCAUCAAGCUCUUCAAGGAGGGCAAGGAGAAGAUGUUCGACGAGAAUUCCCAUUACCGGAGAAACCUGACGAAGCUGAGCUUGGUGUUUUCGCACAUGCUGAGCGAGCUGAAGGCAAUCUUCCCGAACGGGCUGUUUGCCGGGGAUCAGUUUCGCAUCACCAAGGCGGAUGCGGCCGACUUCUGGAAGACCCGCUUCGGAAACAGCACACUGGUACCGUGGAAGUUGUUUCGGCAGGAACUGUCCCUGGUGCAUCCGAUCUCCUCCGGGUUGGAAGCGAUGGCGCUCAAAACCACCAUAGACUUAACGUGCAAUGAUUAUAUAUCGAAUUUUGAAUUCGAUGUGUUUACUAGGCUGUUUCAACCGUGGAAUACGUUACUAAGAAAUUGGCAAAUCCUAGCUGUGACGCAUCCGGGCUACGUCGCCUUCCUAACGUACGACGAAGUCAAGGCACGCUUACAAAAGUAUAUCAAUAAGGCUGGUAGUUAUGUUUUCAGAUUAUCCUGCACACGGUUAGGUCAGUGGGCGAUAGGUUACGUAACGGCGGAAGGCGAAAUACUCCAAACGAUUCCCCAAAACAAGUCAUUAUGUCAAGCUUUACUAGAUGGUCACAGGGAGGGUUUCUAUCUAUUUCCGGACGGAAAGCCCCAUAAUCCUGAUCUUUCGUUUGCUGUGCAAAGUCCACUGGAAGAUCACAUAACGGUAACGCAGGAGCAGUAUGAGCUGUACUGUGAGAUGGGGAGUACGUUCCAGCUGUGUAAAAUAUGUGCCGAAAACGACAAAGACAUUAGGAUUGAACCUUGUGGGCAUUUACUCUGUACGCCGUGUUUAACGGCGUGGCAAGUGGACUCCGAAGGACAGGGUUGCCCCUUCUGCAGGGCGGAAAUCAAGGGCACCGAGCAGAUCGUAGUGGACGCAUUCGACCCGAAACGGCAACACAACCGCAACUCGGCAAACGGGCGGCACCAGCUACAGAUGAACGACGACCACGACGACGACACUGAGGAUGAUUUCAAUAUCGCAACUUCAUCACUCCACGCGCUGAGCAAUAGUAUGACACUGGCACGCAAUGAAAAGCAAAGUCCACACUCCUCACCCCGAUUGCCACGGCGCCAACCGAAUCCCACGGCACCGGUGCUAACCAGUAACGAUAUUUACGCAGGAGGGCCCUCGCUACAGUCUCAGUCGAGCAGCAGCUGCAGCUACGCAUCAUCCGCUUCGAGCAGCUCGUCGGGUGCCUCGUCCAGCGUCGCACAGAUGGCAGCACUAGUGACAACGCCUGCAGCACUCGCUGCAGCGGCGGCCGCAUCAGCGCCUCCCAUGGCUGCUUCUGCCUCGCACACGGUAAAUGGAACGGUGGCCACACACACGAACAUCUCAUUGAACAGCAGUCCCUGUAGCAGCAUGUGCACAACCACUGGAACCGGUGCUGCUGUUCCCACUAGUCAGGGAAACAACCUUACGAAGUGUAAUAAGUCCUCGUCCUCGUCUCUCCUAUCACAGACGCAGACCAGUGUAACGACCGGGUCCAGUGUGCACGCUCAGCAACUGCAACAGAAUCGACUAAGUGCUCCGGCAAGCUCGUCAGCUGCGACACCGGGUGGAACUAAUCCAAGCAGUUACCUGAUGUACAAAGCGCUGAACAAAGCACUAUCCUCGGAAUCUCCCGCAUCCAGCUCACUGGAAUCGAUCUAUCAGCAUCAGCAUCUGCACCACACGAGGCAAAACACAACACCGCCUCCUCUGCCUCCACGUAAAUCAUCUCCCGGAAUGCUAACAUCGAACUCCAGCGGCGACAGCAGCCGUCUAAAAACGUCGAAUAAUUCCCGAUGUCAGUCUUCGCAGCUGCUAACCGCGAAGAACAACCAGAACCAAAUCAACUCCGCAUCUAGUCUCUGCAAUCUGUCGAACCAAGUCUCAACAAACCUCAAUCUAAGUCGAAGUUCGGAAAACCUCUCAUCCUCAACGCGCGUAACCAACGAAAACCACGUCCCCAAAUCAAAUCCUCCUCCCGUUCCCAAGCAUCAAACAAUCGAACCAAGCUCCGCCAGCAACAACAGCAGCUGUCUCUGUACCAACAACCCGCCUGUCCCUAAACCUACCGAACCUGAUCCCUCGUUCGAAGAGGAAGAGCUCGACAAGGUUAUCGUCGGACCUGCCGAAACAAUCGUAGGCAUCAUUGACACACGGCCGUUGGAGGCUCGACAACCCAUCAUCCUGAAAACAGACGACAAAACCGACCAAAAUCUAGUCCUGACCAGCACCAGCAAUGUCUACCAGUUCAAACCAACCUCGAUUAGCACCAACCUGAACGACAUUCUUUCCCAUGAAAUCGCCGCAAUCUUCCAGCCGGUCCAACCCAUCCAACAGCAUACUCCAAAGCAACCCCAACCCCAGCCUCGACGACAACACCAACAGCAGCAGCAACAACAAUCCACUCAAUCCCAACCAACAGCACCGGCGAGCCAAACUUCUUCGAAUCAGCACCAGCGCCACCAGUCACUACCGGCAAACAACGCCGUGAUCAACGCCAAAGUAACACCACAACCGCCAUCAAAAUCCAUCACAACCUCCCAGCUGUCGGCGGCGAUGGUAGCGGCGAUCGGAAAGGCGUCCACCGCCGCAUCAUCGGCCAGCGGAAACCCUCUGCUGUACGAAAACAUUAACCUCAGCCUGAAGGGCUGCAGCGGAGCUGCCGGCAGUGGUGGUAGCGGCGGCAGCAGCAGCAACAACAAUCAUCACCACCACCUGAACAGUAGUGCCGUGGCAGCAGCAAUGGCGGCUGCGGCCGCCGCAGCCGGUGGUGGCGCCACCGGCAACAACAACAACAACACAAACGUGCCAUACGAAAACAUCAACCUGGAGUACAUCGCCCGGCUGAUGCAGGAGGGCUACUCGAAGGAGAACGUCAUCACGGCGCUCGGCAUUUCGCGGAACAACAUCGAGAUGGCGUGCGACAUACUGCACGAGUUCGUCAGCAAAAGCGGAGGCGGAGGUUAGAAAGAAGUGAAACGAAACGGCUUGAUGAUGAUCAGGAAACCGACAUCAAUAAACACACCGCCGAGACUGCGUAAAAAACCAAAAACAUAAAAACGGAACCAUAGACUGCUAAGUAGGAAGUCGCCGCGUCAACUAGCGGCGAGAAAACGUGAGGUUUUAUUCUAAUUCUUAACUGUAAUUGAAACAAAGAAACAAAACAAAAACAUACAAGUAAAACAAAACAAAAAAAAACACUAGUUGUGAAGUUAGGUUCAAUAACGGCACCAUGUAGUAGUGAAUGAACAAAAUAAAAAAAAUACAAUCAUAAUAGCAAUAAUAAACGAAACAAAGUAUGUAACUUCUUUUUGGAUGUUUUCAGCAAACGUGUAAAUAGCGAAAGGAAAAGUAACACACAUCUUUGUGAGGGUGAAGCUUUAUUUUAGUUCCUUACUAGAAGGUAAUUGAAUCUAAUCUAUAUAGCACUGUAUAGGAGAACGCUAGGCAAACAAGAAACAAAUACAACUGAAACACAACGGAUACAGGUGUUAUUGGUUUUUCUUUAACGUUUUUUUUUAUCAUCUGAUGAUUUUAGUCCUUGUUUUGUAGUCUUGUUUUUGUCUUAAUUUUUAUAAUUUUUCUAGGUGAAGUUUCAAGUCAGUACAGUUCAAGAACACGAUUUAACCCGAAUUUUGCUGUGGUGAUACUGAAAAAAGACCCGACAAAGGCCGUUUUGGAAUACACAGUGAAGAGACAGUAACUCUCGUCAAAAGGUAGGGAAUUUCAAUUUGUGUUACUGUUUCCAGUAAGAAUCGACCGUCGGCAGUCCUUACCUACACAGAACUAGUUUAUCAUUCUGAACCAUCUAGUUCAGCGCGAAUGUUGAUCGAGCUACUAUGAAAACCGUCAUAAUUUAGCGUAGAAUUUAUCCAAGUUAACCCAAAUUUAAGUUAAAAACAAAUUCACUAUUACACAAGGUAGAGUAAAAAAGCUCAAAAACUGAACUAAAACUGAAUGCUCCACUUAUAACAUAGAGAGAGAAAAUUCUUGUAGAUCAACGUGGAUAAACUAUAAAAAAAGCACAGACAUGUACGCUGGAUCGUGCUUACAGCAGGGUA